UUGAAAGUUCGCACCUACUUCGACAAUGCGCCUCCGGGCGACGACGAUGAUGAAAAUGAAUGGACUUCGCGUCCCGAAAUCCCAUCAGCAAAAGAGCUCCUCGGAUCCCACGCCAACGGCCAUCAUGGCCAUCAUAGCCAUCACGGCUCCGGCUCAAACUCAUCAGCCACCUCAUCCCUACCCAAACGCAUCACACCAAACAAUGUUCCCAUCGGUCCGUUCGCCAACAAAUACGACUACCUUGGAGUGCAAUACAAUCUUCUUCGUGAAGACACAAUCCGUCAGAUCUGUGAGUAUAUCGCAGCAGUACGAGACAAGCCAUCGGCUCUCGAAGCCGCAUUCGACGGCAAAAUCGGCAUCUACGAAAAGGUUCACAUCUGCGCAUUCACCUUCGCACCUCGAGGUAUUGCUACCCGUGUCACCUUCAGCUUAGCCCGCACCGGCAAGAGAAUCUUGUGGGAACAAUCGAAGCGCCUUAUCAGCGGCAGCUUGGUUGUCCUCACUCCAGCGGACGACAUGUUUCAGAAGAAACUUAUCCCUGCCAUCGUGGCCGCUCGACCUCUGAGUGGACUACUGCUCAAUCCUCCGGAGAUCGAUCUAUUCUUCGCGCCGCAAGAGAUGGAACUUGAUCCUUCAGUGGAAUAUGUUAUGAUUGAGGACAAUGGAGGAUUGUACGAAGGCACUCGUCACACUCUCACUGCACUUCAGCACAUGAUGCAUGAGCCAUUCCCACUGUCCGAGCAUCUCAUCUCGGCGAAGAAGGAGGUCGGCAUUGCACACGAUGUCGCCAAGGCACCUCGUACCGACAUGACUUCUGUCUUUGUCCAUUCAGAGGAUCAAGACUUCGAAAACUUCGACAUCACCAAGCCAUGGCCCCUCGACCAGAUCACCAGCGAGCUGGAUCCAUCUCAGCUCAAUGCGUUGAAGCGCAUCCUCAUCAAACGCCUUGCCAUUGUUCAAGGUCCACCCGGCACUGGCAAAACCCAUGUGUCGGUCCAAGCUGUCAAGAUCUGGCUGGCCAACCGGAAGCCUGGCGAUCCACCGAUCGUCUUGGCUUGUCAAACCAACCAUGCGAUCGAUCAGCUUCUUCGUCACAUUUCCGAGUUCGAACCGGAAUUUGUUCGUCUCGGUGGUCGGAGCAAGGACCCGGACAUCAAGAAGAGAACAUUGUUCAACGUCCGUCAGAGCAUUUCACAAAAUGCACCAGCUGGCUGCAUGUUCGGCGCUGCCAAGAAGAAGUUGAAGGACCUCGAGAAAGAGAUCGGGAUACUUCUGGCUCCGUUACAGCCUGGCAAAAUGCCUCUGGACCAUCGCAUGAUGGAGGAACUCAAGCUUCUCACCAAAUCUCAAGCCGACUCGCUGGAAGCUGGUGCGCGUUCAUGGGUGAUGGACAGCAAGACCACCCCAGCUGGGCAACACUCGCCAUGGAAGGUGUGGCUGGACGAUAAGCUGACUGCUGUACCACACAAACAAAAGGAGGAAGACCUGUUCGGCUUCGAUUACGAGGCUGUCGAUCUAGAGUUCGAGCAGCUGAAAGAGAUGGAGGCCGAGGCCGUUACAAAGGAUGAGGACGAGAUCGAGGCCCUCAACGGCAUCACUCUAUACAUCGCCGACAACUUCACCUGCCGCAAGACUACAGGCAUGGACGCCACGGCGAAGGACAGUCUCAAGCAGAAAGACAUGUGGAAGAUCCCAGAAGCUAAGCGUGGUGCCGUCUACCGCUACUUGCAGCGUGAGCUCAAGAAGCUUCUCCGCGACGCUUUCCGCAUCAAAGCUGAGAGCUACCAAGCUGAGGCGAAGAAGCGGCAGAUUGGUGGUUGGGAGAAGGACGAAAUGAUUCUCAAGGAACAGAGCAUCAUCGGCAUGACCACUACCGGCUUCAGCAAAUACCGCCCAAUCAUCGCUGCACUCGGCGUCAAGAUCAUUCUCAUCGAAGAGGCUGCUGAGACUCUGGAGGCGCCCGUCACCGUCGCUUGCAUUCCAUCAUUGCAGCAGCUGGUGCUCGUCGGUGAUCACAAGCAAUUGCGUCCGCACACCCAUGUGAAGGACCACGAAGAUGCACCUCACUUCCUCAACAUCUCACUCUUCGAGCGCAUGGCCAACAACGGAGUUGAGUUCAGCACUCUCGUCAAGCAGCGUCGCAUGAUCCCCGAGGUCCGUCGUCUGCUGUGUCCCAUCUACGGCAGCGUCAUCAAGGAUCAUCCAUCUGUUGCCGAUAAGGACAACCGUCCAGAUGUGCAAGGUAUGGGCGGUGUCAACUCAUUCUUCUUCACCCACGGCUGGGUCGAGCAGCGUGACGAUCAGAUGUCGUGCAUCAACCCAGCUGAAGCCGACAUGAUUGUCAAGUUUGUGGAGUACCUCGUGUACCAAGGCAUCGACACCAUGAGUAUCACCGUGCUCUGCUUUUACAAUGGUCAACGCAAGAAGAUCCUUUCAAGCCUCCGCAGCAACGUCGCUCUCAAUGGCCGCCACUUCAAGGUCGUCACCGUGGACUCUUACCAAGGUGAAGAGAACGAAAUUUUGCUCCUCAGCCUCGCCCGCUCAAACCAAAACGGUCAGAUGGGAUUCCUCAACGUGGAGAACCGUAUUUGUGUCGCCCUCUCUCGUGCCCAGCGUGGCUUCUACAUCUUCGGCAAUGGCAAGCUGCUCUUCCAGGCGGAAGCCAAGUACACCGAGAAGCAAAAGACAUGGUCGGACGUGAUCUACAUCAUGUCUGGCAAGACCGGCAAGCCCAAGGAGAUCCCCACCAUCGAGCCCAACCGUCUUGGUAUAGAGCUGCCACUCCGCUGUCGCAACCACGGCACUGUCAUCCGCGUCAGUGAGCCGGAACACUUCGACAACCUCGUCGGCGGCUGUCGUAUCGCUUGUGGAGGCACUCUGCCGUGUGGUCACCAUUGCACGCUCACCUGCCAC